ACGCUCUCCUGUUGCACUGGGAGGUUGGCCGGUGUUUUUCCACACAUGGUCACCCAUUUUAAGAGACAAAGGUCAGAAAGAAAACCUUAUAAAUAACAUUUACCGCCGUAAGUCUCACUAUUCAACACGCCGUCCACCGUACUACACUGAAGGGACUGAUCAAUUCUAAAGGAAUAAAAUCAAUUCAAGCCAAUACAGCAUGGCACAGAAAGAGAAGCUCCAGUGUCUGAAGGACUUCCAUAAGGACACGCUGAAGCCUUCCCCAGGGAAGAGCCCUGGCACCCGGCCCGAGGACGAGGCAGAGGGGAAGCCCGUCCAGAGGGAGAAGUGGAACUCCAAGCUUGACUUUAUCCUGUCCGUCGCUGGGGGCUUCGUGGGUUUAGGGAACGUCUGGCGUUUCCCAUACCUCUGCUAUAAGAAUGGCGGAGGUGCAUUUCUCAUCCCGUACUUCAUCUUCCUCUUUGGCGGAGGUCUCCCUGUGUUUUUCCUGGAGGUGGCCCUCGGACAGUACACCUCCGAGGGUGGAAUCACCUGCUGGGAAAAGCUUUGCCCCAUCUUUACUGGUAUCGGCUACGCUUCGAUUGUGAUCGUGUCCCUCCUGAACAUCUACUACAUAGUGAUCCUGGCCUGGGGUUUGUACUACCUGUUCCAGUGCUUCCAGCCGGAGCUGCCCUGGGCCAAGUGUAAGAACUCCUGGAACACAGACCGCUGUGUGGAGGACACCGUCCGUAAGAACAAGACCCUGAUGCUGGCCGCUAACAUCACCAACUUCACCUCGCCUGUCACUGAGUUCUGGGAACGUAACGUCCUUAGCAUUUCCAGUGGCAUUGAUGAAAUCGGGGAGGUCAAGUGGGACCUUGCUCUGUGUCUGCUGGGGGUCUGGGUCAUCUGUUUCUUCUGUAUCUGGAAGGGAGUCAAAUCCACUGGGAAGGUUGUGUACGUCACUGCUACCUUCCCCUUCGUCAUGCUGAUCAUUCUGUUGAUCCGCGGCGUCACUCUGCCAGGAGCAUCUGAAGGAAUCAAGUUCUACCUGUACCCAGACCUGCAACGUCUCAAAGACCCUGAGGUUUGGAUCGAUGCAGGCACUCAGAUCUUCUUCUCCUAUGCCAUCUGUCUGGGAGCUAUGACGUCACUGGGGAGCUACAACAAAUACAAAUACAACUGCUAUAGGGACUGUUUGCUGCUGGGAGGCCUCAACAGCGGUACCAGUUUUGUGUCUGGCUUCGCAAUAUUUUCCGUCCUGGGCUUCAUGGCACAAGAGCAAGGGGUGGACAUUGCCGAUGUGGCAGAGUCAGGUCCUGGCUUGGCCUUCAUUGCCUAUCCUAAAGCUGUGUCUAUGAUGCCGCUGCCAACCUUCUGGGCUAUUCUUUUCUUCAUCAUGCUUCUGCUACUGGGUCUCGACAGUCAGUUUGUGGAAGUGGAAGGACAGAUCACCUCCUUGGUGGAUCUGUAUCCCUCCUUCCUAAGGAAGGGUUACCGUCGGGAACUUUUUAUAGCAACAGUGUGCUCCAUAAGCUAUCUUCUGGGACUUACCAUGGUUACUAGGGGUGGCAUGUAUGUAUUUCAGCUCUUUGACUACUAUGCAGCCAGCGGUGUGUGCCUUUUGUGGGUUGCAUUCUUUGAAUGUAUUGCUGUAGCCUGGGUUUAUGGCGUUGAUAAUUUCUAUGAUGCGAUUGAAGACAUGAUUGGCUACAGACCAAAUGCCUGGAUGAAAUGGAGCUGGUCUUUUAUCACACCUCUUCUUUGUGUGGGUUGCUUUGUCUUCUCCUUGGUCAAAUACAAACCUUUGACUUACAACAAGGUCUACGAGUACCCCGACUGGUCCAUCGGUGUGGGCUGGACUCUGGCCCUGGCUUCUAUGAUCUGUAUUCCUAUGGUGGUGGUCAUCAAGAUCAUCCAGUCCGAUGGACCACUCAUAGAGGUUAGUACACAACUCCUAUAACCCUAGCCCCAGGCCCCUCGGUUCUAGACCCUACACCCUAAGCCCUAGCUACUACCCCUAGGUUCUAGACCCUACACCCUAAGCCCUAGCCCCUACCCUAGGUUCUAGACCCUACACCCUAAGCCCUAGCCCUUACCCCUAGGUUCUAGACCCUACACCCUUAUCCCUAGCCCCUACCCCUAGGUUCUAGACCCUACACCCUAAGCCCUAGCUCCUACCCCUAGGUUCUAGACCCUACACCCUAAGCCCUAGCUGCUACCCCAAGGUUCUAGACCCUACACCCUAAGCCCUAGCUCCUACCCCUAGGUUCUAGACCCUACACCCUAAGCCCUAGCUGCUACCCCAAGGUUCUAGACCCUACACCCUAAGCCCUAGCUCCUACCCCUAGGUUCUAGACCCUACACCCUAAGCCCUAGCUCCUACCCCUAGGUUCUAGACCCUACACCCUAAGCCCUAGCUCCUACCCCUAGGUUCUAGACCCUACACCCUAAGCCCUAGCUGCUACCCCAAGGUUCUAGACCCUACACCCUAAGCCCUAGCUCCUACCCCUAGGUUCUAGACCCUACACCCUAAGCCCUAGCUGCUACCCCAAGGUUCUAGACCCUACACCCUAAGCCCUAGCUCCUACCCCUAUGUUCUAGACCCUACACCCUAAGCCCUAGCUCCUACCCCUAGGUACUUCAUGUAGUUCAGAAGCUUCAUCUUGACCUCUUGACUGAUAUAGUGGACCUCCCAACAAAGUUGUGAUUAAGCCAGUAGAAGUCGGUGAGUCUUGAGGUCAUUUUUCAAGUUGAUCCAUUCUUAACAGGUACACUUGCCGUCAUAUAAUCAUACUUGUACAGUAUAUUGGUAUUUAGUGGAGUUAAACAGAGCUCUUUUUUUGUUGUUGUCUCCACCCAGAGGAUCAAGGCUGUGGCAGCUCCGCUGGGAGGUGCUAGCUCCCGUCCAGUCGACCACCGUCCCAAGGGCAUGUCCGCCGAGCUGG